AUGUAUUCCUACAAAUAUAUAUUUUUACCCACAGCUCUCAUUAUUUUCAUUUUCACUUUUGAUUAUUUUAAUAACCAAAAAGCUGAAUCUUCGGAAUUGCUCACGGAUAAAGUUGUUUACGUUGAUGAUGUUUUCAUUCACGAGAAAAAAGAUUUUUCAAAAUGUCGAGUUGAGUCUUGGAAUAACAAAACAACUUGGGAAAUUCCACGUAUUGCGAAGCUCAAAUUACUUACAGAACAUGGAGUAACAAAAAGUGUGAGUUGGGACUGGACUAAGCUUAGACCGAAGCCUAUAUUCAAAAUUUACUGGAUUUCUGAACCUCUGUUUUUAGGAAGGCUUGAAUGAUGGAGAGCUUCGUCUAAUUUCGGCAUUUCUAUAUGAAAAUGAAAUAGUUGUGACAACUUCCAGACAACGGACAGACAAACCACAGUUAGGGUAAGUCUCUACCAAAAUUUAAUUUGAAUAAAAAAACAAAAGUUGUUUUAUUUAGAACCCCAGUUUUUUGUCGAUAUUUUGAUUGCAAUCGAGUUGAGAUCCCAGGUUCAAUGUACAAAUCAUUCUUCUUCCCACUUACCUCAGUUCAUUGUCUACGAAAAGCUGGAGCCAGUUUUAUUUCUCUGAGUUUGGCUGAAAAUGAACAACCACAAGUGCCGAUUCCAUUCAUUCAUAGACUUUUUAAAAACCCGCCAAAUGAAUUAGGAGUUUGUGGUGGGCAAAUAUAUGGGUUGGAUGCAAAGUGGAUGCAGAUUGCAGAAUUUGUCGAGCAUCACAAAUUGAUUGGAGCAAAUAUGUUCUAUUUUUCGGUGUUUGAGAUCGAUGAAAUGACUAGAAUAGUAUUGAAUGAAUAUGAGAGAAGUGGUUUUGCUGAAGUGUCAAUGAUAAAUACAGAAUAUACAAAUGCAGCUAUGAUGAGACAUAUGGUUCAGAUUCAUGAGUGUUUUUAUCGAGCAAGACAACAUUCUAAAUGGCUAUUGAAUAUUGAUCAUGAUGAAUUUUUGAUUCCAACAAAAAUGCCUAUUUUAAAAUACAUUGAAAGUCUUGGAGAUAAAACAGCUGAACUAAUAUUUUCAAUGAGAAGAAUUGCGAAAUUCAAGGAAUCUUUAGAAAACUACAAUAAUAUUCAAGAGGUUUCAAAUGAUAUUCAAGCAAUCAAUUAUAAUUUGACACAUGAGCCAACUUAUGGAUCACCAAAAGUUAUGGUCAGGCCGGAUAAAGUUGAUGCCAUACUUUUACAUUGGUCCUAUGGUUUGGAGCCUGGAUAUAAAACUAUAGUGGUCCCAAAGAAUGUUGCGUUUUUGAAUCAUUAUCGAACGAUUUCUCCCAAAUUUUUAUGGUCGAAUUUUAUUGAAACUUUGAUAAAGCAGAAAACAAAGUUUAUUCAUGUGACUUUACGUGAGAAAUACGUGGAAAAGUUGCGGGAGAAUGUGAUUCAAAUUCUUGGUUAUGUUUUUGAGAAACAUAAUGUGACUUGUGAUAAUAUUCCAAUAUCUCUACAGCGUUCAACGAAACCGUAUUUAGUUAAAUCAGGAAUUUGUAAAUGA